UUGUAUUGGCAUUGUAGUAUGAAAUAGCACAGAUGUAUGUGGUCAUGAAAAUGCAACAACAGAGCACCACUGGUAAUGAGGGGGUAGAGGUUUUACAAAACAGACCAUUCACUGAUGUUGAAUUCGGGGAGGGCCAAUACACGUCCAAAAUUUACCGUUUUCAGAGCAAAGCUCCAACUUGGUUGACUAAAUUUGCAUCUCCUAAUGCCCUUGCUGUGAGAGAGGACACUUGGAAUGCUUAUCCAAAAUGUAGAUCAGUUAUUAAGUGUCCGGGUUUUUCAAAGUUCUUAAUGACCGUUGACACUGUCCAUAAAGCUGAUAAUGGAUACUCAGAAAAUGUGCACGGUCUGAGCAAGCAACAACUAGCUGCCAGGCAGGUGGAAGUUAUUGAUAUUGCUUCAGCUGCAAGUGAUUAUUGGAAUUACAUUGUGGGAAGAAGCACCGUCGAUUUUUCUAAGUUCAAAUCUGCUAGGACUGGUCGCGGGCCGCUGCUGAAGGGCUGGAAGGACCAAUGUAGUCCCGUUAUGACAGCAUACAAACUGGUCACAAUAGAUAUUCCAUACUGGGGCUUUGGGGGAAAAUUGGAGCAAGCUUUGAUGGCGCUUCAAGGAUUGAUGCUAGGCUGGAUGUUUCGCAUCCGUUUCAGCUUGAACUUCUCAACAUCAUAUGAUGGGGUGGAUGCUUCGCGUCCACCCUCUGUUCCUUCAACUUUGUUGCGCCCAGGUGCGGAUGCUGAGGUGAAUGCUUUCUUGAGACUUAUUGCUAAGGGUGCUUCAAAUGGCAUUUUUUCCCUGCGCAUCCAUCCUCGUCUCCUAUAG